UCAGAGAUCUCCUACGCCACCGCGGCCGCUGCUUCCCCGCCGCCAUGGCCGCCCUUCCCGUCGCUGAGGCCGGAGGGCUCGUGCGCCGUUGGGGCCGCCGCUUCCCCACCGCCGAGGCCGCCCCUCCCGUCGCUGCGCUCCUCCUCGCCGCCACGGCCACCUCCCCGGCUGCCGCGCUCUAUUCGGCGGGCUCCCCCGUCCUCCAGCUCGACCCCAACAACUUCAAAUCCAAGAUGCUAAACUCGAACAGGGUGGUGCUGGUUGAGUUCUUCGCAUCGUGGUGCGGACACUGCAAGCAGCUGGCUCUAGCCUGGGAGAAGGCUGCCCACAUGGUGGUGCGAGCACUGCGCUAACCAGAAAGCGAGAUAGCGAUAGGGGUUGUGACUGCGAUUGCGCCAUCCAGAGGUGUAAACCGGUCUGAGGAGUUCAGCUUGGUUUGGUUUGGUUUUAAAUCGCAGAUGGUUUGGUCAGGUUUGGGGCAAGUUGCAAAAAUGGUGAGGUGGGGUGAGCUGAAUGCAGGUUACCUCCGGAAAUUGGUUUGGGGCAGUUUUGGACUGGUUUUGAGACCAUUACCAGGUUGACUUUUCAGGCCGUCAUCUUCCGACGCCUCUCACGCUGGCUGGGCUCGAUCUGCAGAAACUACCGCCGGCGUCAACAAACCCGAAUCAACUAGCGCGGA